AUGAAGUACGUCUCCGUCGCCAUCGCCUUGCUGGCCGCUUCGACUGUCCAGGCCGCCGCUGUUCCGGAGGCUGCGCAGCACCCCAGUAUGCCCAUCUGGUGCAACCACCCCGGCCAGGGCUGCUACAUGUACAAGCGUACCGCCGACGUCUCCGCUGAGGUGAAGCGCUCUGCUGAGGCGCUCGCUGAGGCCAUUGCUGAGGCCCACCCCCAGGCUCUUCAGAUCUGGUGCGACCAUCCCGGCCAGGGCUGUGCCAAGGCCAAGCGCGCCGCCGAGGCUGUCGAUGAGGUCAAGCGCUCUGCCGAUGCUCUUGCCGAUGCCAUGGCUGCUUUGGAUCAGGAGUAA